GCCAACUGCAGUCCCCGGCAGCGCCAAGGCUUUCAGCGGGGAAGGGUUUACUGCAGACAGCUCCCUCGCAGAGACGAUUAUUCCCAGAUUAAGCGAAAACAGGAACCGCGGGAGUUGAGUUGAGGUCUUGUCCUCGAAGUUUUGUGCAACUUUGCUUCUGACGGAGUCGCCCGUUGAGCGCUUUUGGAGACUUCCCAGCCCGUGGUUAUGGAAUACAAAAGCAGAGUGAAGCCAGGCGCCAGGCCUGCAGAGAACUAGCUAGCAUCGCUAGCUCAUCUGACGCUGUUUGUGCUUGUUUGGGUCACUGUGCCGACUAGCUAGCCACUAUUUUCGGUAGCUAACCAGCUAGCAAACCCGGUUUGCUAGUUCGUUUUGAUGUGGAUAUAUUGAAGGAACCUCCCAGGGUCCACUACAUUUCACGUUUCCUGAACUUUCUGGAAGUUUUAAGGUUACCCUUAGUUUGUUUAAUAGUAAGGGAGCACGCAUGCUACUUUGGAACCGUGCUAACAACAUAGAAGAAAUCAAAGUUGGGAUUUGAGUUGAACGCAGGGAGUGCUGUUGUUUUUGAUCAGUUUUUCCAGUGGAUUGUAUUUUCAUGGUUAGAUAUCAGUUAGGCGCAGUUCAGACCACACACCCACUCUCUCCCUUUACGGGACCACAGCUAACCUCUUCUCUGGCUCUCCGCACUCCGUCUCACCGACCAGUGUCUUCUGUCUGCGGCUGGCCACGGUAACCGGCCACACGGCACUGCGUGCCCAAUGGAGGAACAUGACAACAUGGACUAUUUUUAUCAGCAAGUGCUGCAGAAGGACGUUACCCGUAGGCUGCAGGUCGGCCAGGACCUUAUUGACUACCUAAACGACCCGCAGCGGUCCCCGGACGUGGAGCAGGACAAACCCAGAUUGGACAAGACCAUCGACGAGCUAACGGGAUGGGUGAACUCCAGCAAUUUCAAGGUGGCAUUACUCGGGAUAGACAUUUGCGGGGCAUUUGUGGACCGCAUGGGGGAGCGGUUUAAAGGAUACCUGGGCACAGUUCUGCCAGCGUUGGUGGACAGGCUGGGUGAUGGGAAGGACCAGGUCAGAGACAACAGCCAGGCUCUCAUCCUCCGCUGUAUGGAACAGACAGCCUCGCCCAUGUACGUUUGGGAAAGGUUGGUUCCUGGUUUCAAACACAAGAACUUCCGCAGUAGAGAAGGCGUUUGUCUCUGUCUCAGUGCCACCCUCAGCACGUACGGUCCCCAGCCGCUGAGCCUCAGUAAAAUAGUUCCCCAUCUGUGCUCUCUGACUGGAGACCAGAACCCACAGGUACGCGAGGCCUCCAUCACAACACUGGUGGAUGUUUAUCGUCACGUUGGAGAGCGGGUCAGAGCCGACCUGGGGAAGAGAGGACUGCCUGCUGCCCGGUUACAGACGAUAUUUAGUCGUUUUGAUGAAGCCUUGAAUUCGGGCAACAUGGCUCUCAGCCCUAGUCACGACCGCAGUUUUGAAGAUGAUGACAGUGUGGAUGGGAAUCGUCCUUCCUCAGCCCAGGCUGCCUUCAAGGUCCCCAAAGUUCCCAAGAAGGCCGGGGAGUCCUCAGCUGCACGUAGGCCCAGUGCCACUGGCGGCAAGCUAGUAUCCAAGGAAGGUGCAGGGGCCAUUGAUGAAGAGGACUUUAUCAAAGCUUUCACUGAUGUCCCUACUGUCCAGAUCUAUUCAUCCAGGGAUCUAGAGGACAACCUGAACAAGAUCCGUGAGGUCUGCUCGGAUGACAAACACGACUGGGACCAAAGAGCCAACGCUCUGAAGAAGAUUCGGUCAUUGCUGGUGGCAGGUGCAGCCGACUAUGACUGUUUCUACCAGCACCUCCGGCUGCUGGAUGGAGCCUUCAAACUGUCGGCUAAAGACCUGCGCUCCCAGGUGGUGCGAGAGGCCUGCAUCACUGUGGCCCACCUGUCCUCAGUGCUGGGGAAUAAAUUUGACCACGGAGCAGAGGCCAUUGUCCCAGUUCUGUUCAACCUCAUCCCCAACUGUGCCAAAGUCAUGGCCACCUCUGGAGUGUCGGCCAUCCGCUUCAUCAUACGGCACACUCACGUGCCCCGGCUCAUCCCACUGAUAACCAGUAACUGCACGUCCAAGUCUGUCGCUGUCAGAAGGCGCUGUUAUGACUUCUUGGACUUGCUACUACAAGAAUGGCAGACCCACUCUCUGGAGAGGCACACAGCAGUUCUGGUUGAAAGCAUUAAGAAGGGAAUACGAGAUGCUGACUCAGAGGCCAGAGUGGAGGCCCGCAAGGCCUACUGGGGUCUGAGGAACCACUUUCCAGCAGAGGCCGACUCGCUGUACAACUCCCUGGAGUCGUCCUACCAGAGGACCCUGCAGUCCUGCCUAAGGAGCUCUGGCAGCGUGGCCUCACUCCCCCAGAGCGACCGCUCCUCCUCCUCCUCUCAGGAGAGCCUCAACCGGCCUCUGUCUUCUAAAUGGUCAGCAGCUCCAGGGAGAGUCCCUGCGGGUUCAAAGGGAGGGGUGUCACCGGCCUCCCUGCAGCGUUCCCGUAGCGACGUGGACGUAAAUGCAGCAGCGGUCGCUAAGCACCGGCACGUCGGACAGGCUGGGGGAGCAGGGAGGCUGCCCCCCGGCUCCUACUCCUCACUGGAUGAUGCCUCUGAUAAAACGGAUGGGACCAGAUCAGACAAUGGCCGUCUACGUACCAAACAGACCUUGUCCACUGCCAGCGGAGUGUCCAGCCAGGUGGACUCACGAGGACGCAGCCGCACCAAGAUGGUGUCCCAGUCGCAACGUUCCGACGAAUCCGAUUGCACGCCAGCCGGCAGUCGAAGUGGCUCUCCAGGCCGGGUGCUGACAAGUACGGCACUGAGUACCAUGAGCUCAGGGGCCCAGAGGGUGCUGGCCGGGGCUGGAGGGGCGGGACACAGACGCAGCCGCAUCCCCCGCAGCCAAGGAUGCUCCAGAGACUCCUCACCCACCCGCCUGUCUGUCGCUCCCUCCAGCAUUAGUUCCAUCUACAACGGAGCGAGCAGAGGAGCUCGGGGCAGUCGUAUCCCUCGGCCCAGCAUGAGUCAGGGCUGCAGCAGAGAGGCCAGCAGGGAGAGCAGCCGGGACACCAGCCCCGUACGCUCCUUCACACCCCUUGCAACGCGGAGCUACUCUCGCUCCACCGGAGCUCUCCACACACCUGAUGCUUUUGGGGCGACAGGAUCAGGGUUUGGCAUCAGUCAGUCCAGUCGUCUGUCUUCAUCCGUCAGUGCCAUGAGGGUCCUCAACACCGGCUCAGAUGUAGAGGAGGCUCUUGCAGACGCGCUGCUGUUGGGAGACAUGCGGUCUAAGAAGAAGCCGGCGCGGCGACGGUACGAGAACUAUGGCAUGUAUUCUGACGAUGACGCCAACAGCGACGCGUCCAGUGCCUGCUCAGAGCGGUCCUUCAGCUCCAGGAACGGAGGAGCCAUCCCCACCUACAUGAGACAGACGGAAGACGUAGCGGAGGUGCUGAACCGCUGUGCCAGUGCCAACUGGUCUGAGAGGAAGGAGGGGUUACUGGGCCUGCAGGCCCUGCUGAAGAACCAGCGCACCCUCAGUCGGGUGGAGCUGAAGAGGCUGUGUGAAAUCUUCACCAGGAUGUUUGCAGACCCUCACAGUAAGCGAGACUCCGGCAGGGUGUACGGCACGGCAGAAUCCGGUAUAAGCUCAGCCUCCUUCAAGAGAGUGUUCAGCAUGUUCCUGGAGACGCUGGUGGACUUCAUCCAGGUCCACAAGGAUGACCUGCAGGACUGGUUGUUUGUCCUGCUCACCCAGCUGCUGAAGAAGAUGGGAGCCGACCUACUGGGCUCCGUACAGGCCAAAGUCCAGAGAGCCCUGGAUGUCACUCGAGAGUCUUUCCCCAACGACCUCCAGUUCACCAUCCUCAUGAGGUUCACUGUGGACCAGACGCAGACGCCCAACCUCAAGGUGAAGGUGGCCAUUCUGAAGUAUAUAGAGACGUUGACGUUACAGAUGGAAGCGCCAGACUUUGUAAACUCAAGUGAGACUCGGUUGGCCGUCUCCCGCAUCAUCACCUGGACCACCGAGCCCAAGAGCUCUGACGUCAGAAAGGCAGCCCAGUCGGUGCUGAUCUCUCUGUUCCAGCUCAACACUCCAGAGUUCACCAUGCUGCUGGCAGCUCUGCCCAAAACCUUCCAGGACGGAGCCACCAAGCUUCUCCAAAACCACCUGAGGAAUACAGGCAAUGCUGCACAGGCACCAAUGGGCAGCCCUCUAACCCGCCACACCCCCCGAUCACCAGCCAGCUGGUCCAGCCCACUUACCUCUCCCACCAACACAUCCCAGAACACCCCUUCACCAAGUGCGUUUGACUAUGACACAGAGAACAUGAACUCGGAGGACAUCUACAGCUCUCUGAAGGGCGUCACUGAGGCCAUCCAGAACUUCAGCGUCCGCAGUCAAGAGGACAUGAAUGAACCAGGGGGCAGUGGGACAGACAGCAGAGCGGCAGACUCUGUGGACGGCGGCCGCACAGCCUUGGACAACAAAACCUCCCUCCUCAACACCCCGCUGCUCUCCUCCAGCCCCCGAGGGGCUCGCGACCACUUCUCUGACUCUCCCUUCAAACACAGCCUCAAAGACACCAGCCUGGACGACUCAGAGCAGCUCGCUGAUGACAGCAGCCUAGACCAAUCAGAGCUCGUGGCGGAGCUGCUGAAAGAGUUGUCCAAUCAUAACGAGCGCAUAGAGGAGAGGAAGGCAGCACUGUGCGAAUUGCUGAAGCUGAUCCGUGAAAACACCCUGCAGGUGUGGGACGAACAUUUCAAGACCAUCCUGCUGCUUCUGCUUGAAACUUUGGGUGACAGAGAGCACGUAAUCCGGGCACUGGCUCUGCGGGUGCUCAGGGAGAUUCUCAGCAAGCAGCCAUGGAGGUUUAAGAACUACGCUGAGCUUACCAUCAUGAAGGCCCUGGAAGCACACAAAGACCCCCACAAGGAGGUGAUACGAGCGGCAGAGGAGACGGCAGCCAUGCUGGCACUGUCCAUCAGUCCAGACCAGUGCGUCAAGGUGUUGUGUCCCAUCAUCCAGUCGGCUGAGUACCCCAUCAACCUGGCUGCCAUCAAGAUGCAGACCAAGGUCAUUGAGAGGGUUCCGCGGGACGGCCUGGUGAACAUGCUGCCUGAGAUCGUGCCAGGACUCAUACAGGGUUAUGACAACCCGGAGAGCAGUGUGAGAAAAGCCUGUGUAUUCUGCUUGGUCGCCAUCUAUGCAGUGAUAGGGGAGGACCUCAAACCACACCUCAGCCAACUGUCCAGCAGCAAGCUGAAGCUGUUGAAUCUGUACAUCAAACGUGCCCAGUCGGGCUCCAGCUGCAGUGAACCCCCGGCGGAGGGCCUAUAGGAGACACAGCGCCCUCCCUCAGGCCAACCACAGAACUGCAACUCUGCCCACAAAAACCAUAACAAACAUUCGUUCAUGAGCUCACACCUACACAAACACAAGAACAGUACACAGAUCCUAACACACUUAUACAGCAGCAAAAUCCUUACACCCACAUACACUUGCACUCAGUUGUGCAGUUAUGUAGAUGUACCCUGGCCAGCAGAGUCACUCACACAUAGACACACACACUCAUACAUUUCCUGCCCCAGUACCAGGUGGGAGUUGUGGUGCAAUGGAGAGGAGUGAUGUAGUUUUCCUGACUAAUGCCGAGGAUUCACCCUGAUCUCUGGCACUCAGACUGAACUCCAUCUGGCCCUUAAAUCUCCCCUGUAACAUACACACACACAUCCAUAAAGGCACUACACACGUAUUCCAGCCAGGUUUGUCACUAAUCACUCAAGGAUGAAGACAUUAAACCUCCGUCCUCUCCACCUCCCUUACAUCCAUUGGCCCUCCAAACACCAUAGCAUGCCCUCUGACCUCCAUCUUCAUGUCAGCAGGGAAGUUGAGCAUCUGCAUGGUCCUCAGUUUGGGGGGUGAGGUUUAUACAAACAGGGCAGAGACACACACUGCAGUCACGUUGAUUCUUGAACAGCGAGUACCUGGGGCCAGGUAGGCAGGAAUGUAAUUUGAUAUUGUGGCAGUUGGAAUCUGUUUUAGGUGACGGGGUUUUACUGCAGAGGCUUUUAAAGUCUGGAAACUUUCUCAGAAGGUGCUGAUGAGCCUAAGGUACGACCAACCCAACACAGCACUAACAUUUGAAAGCGCGGGAGGUCAUGCCUGUUCAUAGCGGUCACAUAGGCAGAGUCCGAGAUGGAGGAGGCGUUAUGUGCUUGGCUAUGCAUGAGAAAAUUUUUAAAAUGGACUUUUUAUUUGGGCCCUACCGACAGUCAGAACAGGGAGAUGGGGGUUUUAAAUUAACAUGAACAAUGUCCACCCCUUUCAGAAGUCCAUGGUGUCCUCCACUGCUCCCUGCUUGUCUCCGAUCAGUCCACAUCUUGGCAAUAUGGGGAGGAAGAUGGGCGGGAGCUGCUUACUACAUAAGUAUGACAGGACAUGGCUUAUUAUUAUCACAUAGUGGAUAUGUAUCUAUAUAUGAUAUUAAAAUGGAAAAUCCAAUAACAGUGUCAUUUAGGAGAGUCCCCUGGGGGGGUGCACACGCGCACCUGUGCCCAUCCUUGUUUUUAUUUUUCUCUCUCUCUCUCUCUCUCUCUGUUGCGCGUGCCGUAGUCUCUCUCACACAUUGAUUUCUCUCUGCCGAGAAAUUUGUAGAAAUGUAUUAUUUACAGAUAUGGAAAAAAUGUCACGUCUCCAUUUCCUCUCCUUUCUUCAUGUUGUGUCAUGCUUUCCUUCCUCUUGUAACAUUCUAGUUUUCACUGUUGUGUUUCUUCUGUGCAUUUACAAAGCUGUGCUUACAAUAAAGAACUUGUACAGAUCAUGAUAAA